AGGGAGGGAAGGGCAGUGUCAGGGAGGGCCUUCUAUUCAGCACAAUCACCAGUAGCCGUUCCCUGCACACGUGUGUAUUGUACAGAUGCCGAGAGUAGCCUGUUUAUUCCGUGAGGGAUCGAGGAAACUCGUCAUUGCCCGGGAAAGGACGAUCGCGCCUUUAGAAGAACGGUGGCCGCGAUGUUCUUCCGGCGUCCUGCUGGCCGUGGGCGUCCUGGCUGUCGUGGGCGGCCGUGGGCAGGCGAGGGCUGAGGACAGGGUGCCCGCCGCCCUCGGGGAACUGACGGCCGUCCUCAGGGACCUCGGCGGGGAAGUGACGGCGGGGAUCAACAAGCUGCUGAAUGAGCUGCAGCAGGAGAGGCUGCGGCGCGGCGAGGAGAUCCAGGUGCUGAGGGAGCAGGCCUCCGACAACAGGAGAGCUCUCGACGUCCUCCGCGCGGAGAUGAUAGCGGUGGCGAGCGGCAGGUGCCCGGCAGCCGGUCACGGACCAGUGCCUGAGGGCGGCAGCGAAGUGAGAGCCAUGGGCGCAGGCAUGGGCGGGGAUGAGCGGGCGAGAUCUGCCUCUCCUCCAGGCGGCAGAGGCAGCGAGGGCGAUGCCAACGUUGAUGACACGACGCCAGAUGGAGACUGCCCACAUCCUUACAAGCGCUUCGGGAGGUAUUGUUUGACGCUAUUGAAGGAGCGCAACAAGUGGGAGUUCGCAAGGUCGCGCUGUCACCUGCACGCGCGUUCCAUGAGCGCCGGCCGUGCCUCGGUCAAGGGCGACCUUGUUGUGCCACAUGACAUGGAGGCUUUCAAGGCAUUUAUCGCAAGCACUGACUUCGGCGGCGCUCCGACUGGACGCGCGUGGGUGGGCGGCUCGGCGGAAGGCUGGGGAGGCGUGUGGGCGUGGGUGGACGGCUCGCUGAUGAACGAGCUGCCGUGGGUGUACUCGCAUGCGAGCGGCGACGGAUCGCGGAUCGCCGUGGACCACGAGAGCGUGUUCCACACCGUGGGCGACGGGGAGAUCCUGUGGUCCGUGUGCCAGUACCUGCCGUCGUGAAGAAGCCGCUGCCGUUGGACAACCUGCUCACACAGUUUUACAGUUUUUAUCAUCAUUUUUUCUUUCUUUCGACGUCCUCCUGUGCUUUCUGACUCUCUGAAGGAGUAUUUUUUUCUGCACCUGCCACACAUUAUUUUCCUUUGCGCUUGUUUCCUGCUUAGUUUUAUUUUCUGGUCUUUCUUUUUCUCGUUACUGAUAAAUCAUUUUCAUCAUGUGUCGCCUGAAAGUUUUCCCUUUGUUUUGAAUAAAUUUUCAGAAAAAAAAUAUGGGUUAUAUUUAUACAGUGUACAACCUAACAAAAAAUAGGAGAGGAGAGGAAAGAAGACGAGAAGGGAAGAGAAGAGAAAGACCAAGAGAGCCAGAGAGAGAGACAAACAACCACACCCGCGGAUAGACAGCAAGACAAAUAACAAAGAGAGUGACUAAGUGACGCCAGGAAAGAAUUACCGUUGUAAGUAGAACAGGUAAAUAUCAGAGCAAUUUUCAAUACAGGCUCAAAGGGGCAAACGAAUCUCGUUAAGGAGGUACAGCGAAGGUAAUUAAUUCUGUAGCGAAUAAUAAUUAUCUGGAUGAAGAGGCUGUUUGACGCCCCGCGGACACUCCGGGGAAAAGGGAGGAUGAGGACAAAGAUGGGCGUUAAGGAGAGAGAGGAAAAGGUAAGC